UAUUCUUUGGUCGUGCUGUACUCUGUAGUACUAAUACGUUGCACUGCAAAUCAAGAAGAAUUGAAGAUUCCGAAGAUCUUUGCUCAACAUGGAGUGAUUGUAGUUGAGUAUAUUGGAUAAUGUUUAUAAGCGUUUGUUUUGGUUUGAAAUGUCGGUAUCUUGUGCCUUGAAGUCUUGCGUAGCUCAUGAAGGCAACCACGACACGUUGGAACUACACUUUUUCCCGUUCCCGGAGGACGCAGAAAUAUGUGAACUGUGGAUUAAGAAAUGCAACAGAUUUGACUUGCUUGGCAAACCGUAUAGCGAAAUUCACCGUACGCUAUACCUAUGUGAAAGACAUUUCAGUGAAGACGCAUUCGAAUCGCCGAAUGUUCUAAAACCUAACGCUGAACCAAGUGUUCUUAUUGAAGACAUUACGUCUACUCUAAAUCUCGAUAAACCUGGGAACACAAUGGGCCCUGAAGUAGUAGUUAUUCCUUAUACCAUCUCUGCCAAUGAAGAGGAAAUUGUGGAAUAUGGAGGAGGGGAAAUCAAAGAAGAAGAACAGGAAGUUGCGGAAAUAGAAACACGUUAUGAAAUAGCAGAAGGUGAUGUGUAUAUUGAACCAUUGGGGGAAAACACUUCUGAACAAGGAGAACAACAAGAAAACCAAUAUGAAAUAAUUGAUGAAAAUGUCUUCGUCAGUCAAGAAACUGUGCAAGAGAAUAACGAGACAGCGGCUGACGAUUCGAAUAUCAAUAACUGCCUGGAAAUUCAGAAGUCGAAUGUUGUGGGGAUAAUAGUCGAAGAAAAUUCCUAUGACAGAGAUGAUUGGCAACAAGGUCAAGAUACAGCUCUUGCUAACAUAUUGUGUCGAAUUUGUGCAUCAGAAGAAAUAGAACUAGUUCCAGUGUUUGGAGAGAAGGGUGAAGAGCUACAGUUAAUAGAAAAGAUAAAAUGGCAUCUUCCAAUUGAGGUCAGAGAAGAUGAUAAACUUCCACUACAGAUAUGUAUAACAUGUAUUGAUAAAUUAAACUCGUGUCAUGAAUUAGUCAGUUCUUGCUUGGAAGCUGAUGCAAAGUUACGAAAAUUAUUCUGCAUUGAAGAUGAAGAAUCCAUUGAAAAAAGGAAUGAUAUACUGCAGUCAUUUUCGGGCAUGGAGGCAGAGCACGCAGAAAGGAGAAGUAGAAAGAAGAAUUACAGUUACAGUACAACUGAUGGAAUUGAAGAUGAACAUCAGUUUGAGGAAGGAGAUGGUGAAGAAUCUGAAGACAGUUCAAGGCUUAAAAUGAACCAUGCAUACCAAAUAGUAGAUUCUGCAGGAGAGACUGAAGAUGGUGAAAUGUUGCAGAUGCAUGUGACGACAGAAUUGACUGAGUGUGACCCAGGGCUCAAGUCCAAAAUAGCUGGUGCUAUGAAAGACAUAAUGGUGAAAGAUGAUGGUCCACAAUUCUUCAAUAACGAAGAAGAGAAUGCAAUAUGGAGAUGUGAUAUGUGUGACUAUGAAGCUUCCAAGAAAUCAGUUUUAAUUAAUCACAUCAGAAAAAGACAUGCUGCUGGUGCUGUAGCAUGUAAUUACUGUGAAAAAUAUUUUUUUGACGAAGAGUCAGCUAAGCUUCAUGAAAGGACACACUUAAAGUCAAAGGAGGAUGAGUCGGAGCCACCUAUGUACAUGUGUGAAUUCUGUGGGAAGUCAUUCCGUGGACGAAAGUCAUUAAAAGAACAUCAUUUAGCUAAUCAUAGUGAAGUGAAACCCUUUAAAUGUGAUCAGUGCGAUAAAAACUACGGUUCAUUAGCUAGCUUAGACAUCCAUAAAGCAACACACUCUACAGAGACUCCUUAUCUUUGUGAUUUGUGUGGUAAGAGUUUCAAGCACAUAAAUAACUUAAGAAGCCAUAAACGUUGUCAUAUGGAUGAUUCGUAUAAAAAUAGGCAACUGUGUACAAAGUGUGGGAAAGGGUUUAGAUCAAAGUUUCAUCUCAAUGAACAUAUGAAUGUGCACAACGGAGUCCGUCCGUACAGUUGUGAGAAAUGUGGUAAACGUUUUCAUAAGAAGAUACAGCUUCGGCAGCAUGGCUCGGCUCACUUAGGUGAACAACCGUUCUCGUGUCAUAUUUGUGGAGUGAAGUUCAAUCGCCGAGGUAAUAUGACCCAACACAUUAAAAGACAUGAACAUGAAAGGAAAUAUACUUGCAGGGUAUGCAAUGAGUCGUUUCCCACAUUGGGUGCUGUUCUUACUCAUCGAAAAUUGCAUACUGAUCUAGAAGUGGAGAAAAGUAUACAGAUGCAGGCCGGUGAUGAUCCAGAGCAGGCUGCCUUCAAAUGUGUUAUCUGUGGUAAACUUCUUGUCAAGAAGGAAUCACUCGCAACGCACAUGAGAUCACAUACAGGAGAAAAACUUUUUGAGUGUACAGUGUGUGGGAAAAAAUUGUCUAAUAAAGGUUCUUUAACAUACCACAUGCGGUCUUUCCACACCGGUGAGCGUCCUCACACGUGCCAGUUCUGUGGUGAAGGGUUCCUUUCAAAGGAGGCUCGCCUUGUCCAUGAACGAAUACAUACGGGAGAAAAGCCUUAUAAAUGUUCAGUUUGUGGUAUGGCAUUCCGCUGCUCUAGCAACCUGUCACAGCAUAUAAAAGUCCAUUCAGAGGAACGGCCACACCCCUGUCAGCAUUGUGGAAAAGCAUUUCAGAGGAAAGGCGCACUAGAUGUUCAUAUGAGAACACACACAGGUGAACGACCUUUUACGUGUGAUAUAUGUGGUAGAGGCUUUACACAGAAAAAUGACAUGCUUAAACAUAGACGUAUUCAUACGCAGGAAAAGCCGUUCCGUUGUGAUCAGUGCGGUCAGCUUUUUAUGCAAAAACGGGACCUGACAAAACACUUGAGCCUUCACGCUCAUAAGCAAGAAGUUGUUGAGGAGGAAGAGACCCCUACACAAACAGUUGUAAUAACAACAGCUGAUAAUAAUGUGAUAACUUUUCCAGAAAUACCAGUGAAUGUACCUGUCAUGGAAAAUACUCAGGCAGUUAUCUUGCAUAGGUUUUAGGCUUAGUGAACUGCAUUUGGAUCUACAGUAUUUGAGUCUAGAUUUGUACAUGUGUGCAUUGGAGUCAGUGCGUAUUUUUUAAGGAGAAUGCUGAAUUUUCAGCAUCAUUAUUCAGUGGCCAUUAAAAUGUAUUUUAAAUACUUUCAGGAGUCAUGUAUUUGUUUCUAGGUUUACAGUCCAUAUUUUAAGAAUAUGUACAGCUAAUAAAAUAGAAUAGUUUGUAAGUUUUCAUAAAACAGUGAGAGAUUGUGAUAUUCUAUAGUAUUGUUGCAUGUGUGGACCUUCAUAAUAUCAUGUAGAUUGUGAGACAUGUACAGUUCAAAUAUUUUUUGCAAGUUUUCAUAAUAUAUUUCACUACAUGGUCAGAAGUGAGUAUGUAUGUUAUUUUUAUUUUUGUAAAGCAGCUAUAUACUAUUUGAAAACACCAUGAGAAAUUUUUUUACAAUUGGCUUAAUGCCAGUGGAUAGCUGUGCUUGAUUUUUUACACCAUAAACAUACUUGAUUUUUUAUCAUAAGUUGAUUUCUCAUAUCAAGAUGUACAUGAAAUUGAUAAUA